CCCGCCGCGCGCCGCUGGAGGGCAGCCCCUUACCUGGGGGCCGCGGACAGGUUGGCCCCUACCCGGGGUCGACCAGGAGAUAAAGCGUAGCAAUGGCCGCUGUUUAUUCGGGCAUUUCCUUUAAGCUUAAAAGCAAGACAACUUCCUGGGAAGAUAAACUAAAGCUAGCUCACUUUGCUUGGAUUUCCCACCAGUGCAUUCUUCCAAAUAAAGAGCAGGUAUUACUUGAUUGGGCAAGACAGUCACUCGUUUCAUUUUAUAAGAAAAAGCUUGAACUGAAGGAAGACAUUGUUGAGAGGCUCUGGAUCUAUAUAGACAGCGUUCUGCACAGCAGGAAACUACAGAACCUCCUCAAGAGUGGGAAGACAGUUAACCUUCAGAUUUCCCUGGCCAAGAUCAUAAAUGAGAGAAUAGCUGAGUUCUCUCUUUCGGGAUCCCAAAGAAAUAUCUGUGCCGUGCUCAGCUGCUGCCGGGGCAUCCUCUCGACGCCCGCCCUCGCUGUCAUCUACACGGCCCGACAGGAGCUGAUAGUGGCCUUGCUGAGCCAGCUGUGCUGGUCGGCCUGCAGGCAGCCAGAAGGAGCCGUGGUGGCCCUGUUGUUCGAGGUCAUUCACCUGGCCCUUGGCCAUUACCUCGUGAUCCAGCAGCAGCAGGUCAACCCAAGGCGAGCCUUUGGAGAGGUGACUGGGCGUCUGCUCCAGCCCUGCCUGGUCCUCAGGCACCUACUCUUGGGGGGCACGUGGACGCAGGCCGGCCAGGGCCAGCUGCGGCCGGCGCUCAGCCGGGACCUGAGGACUCAGAUCGAGGCUGUGCUCCGAGGUGGAGCUUUUCAGCUCGAGCUGCUCUCGUCCUACAAAGAGGAGCUCUUGGACCAGCCGCAGGGUGACACGAAGGUGGGGGCCAUGAAGAACCUUCUAGCGCCCACGGACACUGUGAUUGCCAAGCUGGUGGAGGCUGGCUACUGCGAGCCGCCCCUUCACGCUGCCGUUGUGGCCAGCUCGGUGGCCUUGCUGUACAAGCUCUUUCUAGACUCUUACUUCAAGGAGGGAGAUCAGCUGCUCUGCUUCCAGGUGCUCCCCAGGCUGUUUGGCUGCUUGCGGAUUGCACAGCUGCCGGAGGGGCCGGCACAAGCCCUGUCCACGUCGGACUGGACCGCAGAACUGCUGGUUGUGGAGCAGCUGCUCAGCUCCGUGGCCAGCAACAACAUCUACAACAUUGCAGCCGACAGGAUCCGGCACGGAGAGGCUCAGUUCCGCUUCUACCGCCGGGUGGCCGAGCUGCUGAUAAACCACCCGCAGGCAUGCGUGCCCUCCUGGUUCCGCUGCCUCAGGGCUUUGAUGUCGCUGAACCAUCUGAUCCUGGAGCCAGACCUGGACGACCUGUUGGCUUCAGCUUGGAUCGACGCGGACGUCACGGAGUUUCGAACCAAGAAGGCCCAGGAGGCCCUUGUUCACACUCUCUUCCAGACGUACGUCAAACUCCGACAGGUGCCGCGGCUGUUUGAGGAGAUUCUGGGGGUGAUCUGUCGCCCGGCUGCCGAGGCGCUGAGGCAGCCAGUGCUGGCUGCGGGCCCCUCCGCCGCGCUGUGCGAGUGCCUCCUGGAGCUGCCUCCGAGCCAGAUCUUGGACACGUGGUCCCUUGUGCUGGACAAGUUCCAGUCCCUGGUCUUGCCUCACUUGCGGGGCGAUGCGGACAUGGCCUUGAAGUCGCUGUCCCUGAGCUCGCUGCUGCACUGCAUCCUGUUCAACAUGCGCAGCCCGGAUAGCGGCACACCCCUGCCGGUCGUCAGGCGGAUGCAGGGCGCCAUGGAGAGGAUGCUCCGCGAGCUCCUGAGGCCCCUGCUGGGCCUCCUCCUGGAUGCCCCGGGCCCAGAGCUGCCGCCGUGGCGACAGAAGGUCAGCGACGCGGCCCUGCUGCUCUCGCACACCUGGGCCCAGGUGGACACCCUGCUCAGUUUAAACUGCAGCCAGUAUCACACCGUGUCCGGGGCCCCCGCAGGCGCCGCCCUGGAAGUCUCACACCUCCCUUCGCUGCUCCCAGGCGUAGAAACACGCCACUGGAAGAAGAUAGAGAAGAUCAUGGCUCAGGUCCCCUCUGUCGGCAGGUACUGCUUGGAGCAGCUCCACCUGAACAGGAUGAAAAGGGCUUUACUGCAAGUGGGCGUCCAGUCGGAAGACGCCCUCCGGAUCCUGAGGGAGGCCGCUGCCUACAUUCUCGGCUCUGGCAGAGAGAGCCUGACUCGGGGGACGGCAGCUUCCUGGGACGGCCAGGCGGGGACAGUGAGCGCGGCCACGUACCCUGUGGCACACUGGCAUCUGAUCGUGUCGAAUCUCACAGUCUUACUACCCUAUCUUGGUCCGGAUGAUGUGAGAUACCUGGCCAGCGUCCUGCUGAGAACUCUGCCCGCGAGCAAAGCCCAGGAGGGCUCAGCAGAUGAAGAGCCAGACAUCACGCUCGAAGGAAUAUCCAAGGCCGUGCUCCAGAGCCCUCUCUUCCCAGAAAUGCAGCCCCUCCACGCCGCCUUCCUCGUGGGCCUCACCCGGAGGUGCGCCGGCGCUCUGUGUGCCGGCCCCCGGAGCGACCCGGGGCUCCUCCGUCAGCAGCUGCCCUGGCUGUUUGAAGGGGACCCCAUGGAUGUGGCUCACUGGGAAACCAGAUUUGCCAAAGUCGGCCCUGAGGGCACAGAGCCGAGAGGAGACGUUGCCCAGAACUUACUCUCCUUGGUCCAGCGCGACUUCCCCGUUCAGCUGGAGGAAUCGCAGUUAGAGGUUCUCCUGGGGCUCUUGGAGGUCGCCUCUGCUCUGCAGCUGGACAGCCUUGCGGCCCCCUACCACGUGCGCGGGUUCCUGCUGCUGCUCUGCGCGGCCGUCGCCAGGCUGGGGAGCUCCUGCUCCCCCUCCCUGACCCUGAAGUUUCUGACGACCUGCUACCAGCUCCUGGGUUACCUGCAAAGGGGGAGAUGCGCCCGCUCGGUGCUCAAGGUCCUGCACGUCAGUGAUAUCUUUGAAAUCGUGCUGACCUCGUUGUUCAGAGCCAGCCGCGGGCUCCUCACUGACGGGGACGACCCCUCCUGGCUGGAAUUCCUCCAGGUCCUGGGGACGUUCCUGGAACAGCUGAUGCAGAUGCUCAUCCAGGUGAAGCUCAGCCUGGUGCUCAAUUUUGGGAAAAUCGUCUCAUUCCUCUCAAAGUGCAAAGGGUACCCCGAAGGAGCCUCAGGCAAACAGUUGAAAAAUCAGACUCCUCUGGGCCAGCAGCUCCUCCUGGUGUCUUUGACCAAGUUGUGCCAGGUCCUGGGGCCUUUCGUCAGGGAGCGGAAGCAGCAGCCGGACGCCCCCGAGGCCCUGCGGGGGCUGCUGCAGCAGGCGGUGCUGCAGGCGGGCGCCGAGCUCCAGCACGUGGCUCGCGGGGCCCGGGGCCGCCUGCCGCCCGCCUUCCUCUCCUCCGUCAGCACGCUCCUGGAGGCGGACGUGGGCCAGCACCCCGGGCCGGGGGGCACGGACACUCCUCCCAUGACGGGCGCGCCGCGGCUCUCCCACCCUGCCCUCUACCAGAGCGUUUACUCUCAGGUGCUGGCGGAGUUGCCGGCUCUGGCCAGAGACCCCCAGUCUUUCCAGGCCGCCGUGCAGUUUUUAACGCUCUUCCUUUUGGCCCCAGAGCUGCACCCCAAGAAGGAUUCUGUUUUUACCGCCAUGUUUCACUCCGUGAGAAGGGUUCUCGCAGAUCCUGCAAUCCCGGCUCAGGUAAUUCAGAACAUCGAGCCUCACUUGGGAGCCUUGCUUUCCCACAUGCUAGAGGCCGGGACGACAGAGGACUUCAGGACGAUGGUGCAUCACAUUCUCCAAGGGCUGGACGUCAGGAACGCGUGGAGAGCAGACCAGCCGGCUAUUUUGUCGGCUGUUACACUGAUCAAGCUGCUGCUGAACUGCCCGCUGAGCGGAGAGAAAGCGAGUCUGUUCUGGCGGGCGAGCCCCCAGAUACUCACGGCCCUGACGCUCCAAAACCGAGAGGCGUGUCAGGAGCAGCCUGUGCCCUUGGCGGUGGUUGAGCCCAUUUUGGACGUGCUGGCCCUGCUGCUGCGGCAGGGGGAGGAGGCCAUCAGAAACCCGCACCACGUCAGCCUGGCCUUCAGCAUCCUGCUGACCGUCCCCUUGGACCACCUGAGGCCCCUGGAGUAUGGGAGCAUCUUCUCCAGGGUGCACAACGUGCUCUUCUCAGUCCUACAGUGUCACCCGAAGGUAAUGCUGAAAGCCAUCCCUUCUUUUUUGAGCUGCUUUCACAGGUUGGUGAUUUCAGUCGUGCAGGAAGGACGGCAGAAAGAGAAAGGGGGCGCAGACGACCUGCCGGCGGUCCUGGGGUGCGCGCGCCUGGUGGAGAGAAUGUGCAGCCACAUCGCCGCUCAGGCCGAGGACUUCACGGUGUUCUCUCCGUUCAUGGUGGCCCAGUUCGUGACCGAGGUGCAGAAGGUUACCUUGUACCCGGCGGUGAAAGGCCACCUGCAGGAGGGCAUCUUCCUCAUCUUGGACCUCUGCACCGAGUCGGACAUCCAGUUCCUCCGGGCCUCACUGCCGCCCGGAGUCCGGGACGUGUUUAAGGAGCUGUACAGCGACUAUGUGAAGUACCACAAGGGGAAACACGAGGGGGAGAGGAGGUACACCGCCUGAGGCCGCACCCCAGAGGCCGUCCGAGCGACCCGGAGAGGGAAAGGCUCAUGCCUUCUACUCAGCAUGAAAGACGUGGAAACCCUUUGGGAUUAUUUAAUAUUCAUACCAUAUUUUACAGCCAUGUUUUUAACACUGAGUAUUUUUUAACGUAUCUUUUUAUGAAGUAAGUACUGCAAUAGAAUCCUGAAAAUACACCUUACCACGAGAUGAAUUCAGUUAAAAAUUGCUGAGCCCCUCUUGUGGUCACUCCUGAUGUGGUUCUUGCCUGGGUGCCGCCCUCCGCCAGGAACUGUGCAGAACUUGUUUUUUUAGUUGGUGCAUGGGUAUGUUAUUAGUUAAGUCCUAUUUAAAUAUCUCUGCCUUUUCUAUUUCUCAAGUAACAUGGGAAGUGUUGAAAUGCCACUUUUUCUGGGUCUACCUUCCGAUGGAUCUGGGAAAGCCGGAGCCUCGAGGCUCAGUGUGAGCUGCGGGGCCGCCCUGGCCGGCUGUCCCUCUGAACCUGCCGGUGAACGGCCUGCUCCCUCCUCCUGUUUGUCCUGCUGCAGCUCUGGGAGCCUGUUGUAGAGUGUUUUUUUGCUAUUCUAAGAAAUGCUCUUAAUUACUUUUUUAUUACCUAAGCCAUGUAUUUCAUUAUAGCAACCUCAGAAAAUAAAACUGGAAAAAAAAAUUUAUGUAUUUAUUUAAAGGGGGAAAAAUUUAUAAAACAAUGCGUUUCAGCGGCCUACACAGCCUGUGUGCCCUCCUCGGAGGGCUGUUUUGUCCCUUUGAUGGACACACAUAUGUAUGUAGUUGCCAAGUUGGAUCAUAAAUGCAAUUUUUUUUGUUCUAGUCACCUAACUUUUUCCCCCUGUGUAAAAGUUCAAGAACAUCUUUGAGUCUGUAAAGGCAUCUGACAUGCUUUCUUAGUGGCUGCGUAGUAUUCCCUUGAACAGCUGUAGCUGUUUCAUGUCAUGAACCCCCCCGGGGUUAGAUGACAGGAUCUUUUUAAUUUCCCUCCACAGCCGGGGCUUGCAGCUGGAUACAGGGUGAGUAACCAUAAGUUACCUUGGUGGUCAGAAAACCCUGUCAGUUUUUAAGGAUUUAUAUAAAUGUUGCCAACUUGCCCUCCAAAGAGUAUACUAAUUUAUUUUCCCACUAGUGAAUCAACUUCAAUGUUACCGAUUUUCUUUGUUUUAUGUUUCCUUGAUGGCAAAAUGAUACUUGGUUUUGAAUUUCUUUACUUACUAGAUUAUACAUUUUCUUUUAAAUUUUUUUUUAAUCUUCACCCAAGGAUACGUUUUUAUGGAUUUUUAGAGAGAGAGAAACAUCAAUCAGUCGCCUCCUUAUGCUUUAUAGGAAGCCGCUCCAACCGACCAAGCCACCCGGCCAGGGCACUUACACACGUUUUUUAUAUUUGCCGUUUUUUAUUAUAUAAAUUAUGUUGUGUAAUCACGCUCCUUAUGUAGUGUUAGCCUGUUUCUUAGUUGGGACGUUUGCUUUUCUUCUUACGAUCUUUGUGGAAUUUGUUUUGGCAUUCUCUCCACACCCCCCUUUUAGUAAAAAUGUCAACUUAAGUUAUUUGGAGGAUCAUCUCUAAAUAAAAGGCUUUUUUUACACUA